AUGUCCAAGAUGGAAUCAGCAUAUCCCAACCCCGGUUUUCAAAAAGCGCAAGAUAGAAGUGACCCAGAACAUCCUGAGCAAUCGAGGCAGGAAUCUCUGGCAGUUCCAACUACCGUUAGCAAUUCUCCCGAAACUCCCAUGCCCAUAGUCGAAGAAUCAGACGAAGCUCAUGUUUUAAAUCAUCCUCAAUCUAACAACUCUACCCAGUCCAGCAAUGCACAAGAAGAUAAAGCACCUUCUCCGGAGAGGGAAAUACAGACCUGUUGGAUAUGCCAAAUGGAUGAUACUGACGAUGGGCCUCAAGCUUCACCGUGGCGAUCACCGUGUCCUUGUUCUUUGCGAGCACACGAAUCGUGUUUAAUGGAAUGGAUUGCAGUAUCUGCAGACAAGGAAAUGGCACCCAAGAUUGUCUGUCCAGUCUGCAAGUAUCAACUAAAAAUAGACCAGCCUAAAGAUUAUCUCGUCUUGACGGUCGACAAACUACGACGUAUGGCGGAGACAAUGGUACUUCCCACGGCUGCCGGCGCAUUAUUCAGUUGCUUUUACUCCGGAUCACUUCUGUUUGGCGUUAACAGCCUGGCAUUGGUAUUUGGCGCAGAUGACGCCCGCGAGAUAAUUUUGACGCAUUACGACGACUUCAUAGAUCGUCCUGUUCUUGGUGGUAGCAUACACUUACCCAUGAGACAGAUGUUAACCAAAUAUUUAUUUCCAUUUCUCGGAGGCGGGUUCAUGGCUGUACCAAGUUGGAGGGCAACAAUAGGACUACCGUUAAUUGCACCAACCCUCCUAUUAUCACGGACAAGAAUUGCGGAUUCGGUUUUCAGUAUAGUACCUGUUACUUAUUUUCUCUUUAGCCCCGACAGCAAGAGCAUUACCUCCUGGCCUCCAUCCCCGGGUCGCGCGUUCGUACUUGUUCCCUAUGUCAGAUUGGCAUACAAUACCCUCUACCGUCACAUGUUUUCGGAAUUGGAAAAGAAAUGGGAUUUGGCUGUUCAGCGUAAACCACGAGAAGGCGAAACUGCAGAACAAAUCGCUGCGGAGCAACGCAGAGGAGGGGACGGCGAUGGAUUCUUAGCAUUGGAAAUGGAAAUGGAGAUCAUUGAUGAAGUUAUGGACGAAGACGGAAACUUGGUUCCCCAAGAUGGUGCACCUCUGGGUGAUCGCAACCAGAAUCAAGGUGGCAGACAAGGCGAAAACGACAAUCAAAACAACAUGGGGGUCCGUCGAAAUAUUAGUACACACAGCUUGUCAUUCCAGUUUAUGGGCGCAGUGCUAUUCCCUGCAAUAUCAAGCAUAAUGGGCGAUGCACUCAAAUACGCAUUGCCAUCUAUAUGGGUAAAGUCGAGAUGGGGAGGAAAGCCAGGGUUAUUACAACAGAAAUGGGCCAGAAGUUUAGUGGGAGGAUGUCUAUUCGGAGUUUUGAAAGACGUGGUCGUGUUGUAUUGUAAGUGGAAGAAAGCAAGGAAUUUUGGGAAGAAAAAAGUCCUAGAAUUUGGAGGGAAAGGGAAGGGAAAGGCCGCGUGA